ACAUACAGAUUACUGCAGGUAUAAAGGUGCUGUGAAAUGCUUGUGGGAGCUCCCUCAGCAGUUCAGGACAUUAUCAGUUAAUGACGACAAAAACAGUCAAGUUAUAAAUAAGUCAUAGAAGUAAGAGGUAGUAUUCAUGGUAAUAAUGGACUAUUAGUAUUUACAAAUAUAAAGUGGGUAGUGUCUUGGUCACGCAGUGGAAUAACGUUAAAUUGUAUUCUGUUGGAUUUCUUGAACCCGAGGUCAUCUGUGACGUGCACACCAAGGAACUUGAAGCCUUUGAACCUCUCCACUGCAGCCCGUCGCCCCUUCACCCCAUCAACUCCUUGGUUUUACUGUCAUUGAGACCGAGGCUGUUUUCCUCGCACCUCUCUGCCAGGACUCUUGACCACCUCCCUGUAGGCUGUUACGUCUGCGGUAAGGCCCACCACUAUCGUAUCGUCAGCAAACUUAAAUGGUGUUGGAGUCAUGGGUGUACAAUGAGUACAGAAAUGGGCUGAGCACUAGUAAUUCGCGGGUGAGCUGUUUGUUCACCCGCACCCACCUGCAGUAGCUAAAGAUCCAUCCGCAACCACCCGACUCACUAUGCGAUAAAGUGAAAAUCUGAAGCCAGCACUGGACCCAAACCCGCAAAUAUGGAAAAUGCGCUGUAGCCUACAGACUGCGGGGGGAAAAAGUGGACAGGAUAUCAAAAAUAGUCCGUGUGUCCAUAUUCAAAUGAGAGCGAGACGUUGCCUGCACAGGUGUUAAGAUCAGAUGCUGCGUCCGCAGUUGGUUUGUUCUCACUCCUUUUGAACAAAGAAGUCUGAAUCGUUCCAGUCGAAGGAUGGGCAGGAUUCAACACCUGAUAUUAUGGGCUGUGUUGGUGGUGUGUUGUGUAGCUGAGAGACAGUACUUCUUCCAGUCCAACUCCUCCACUUGGGAACAGGCCAGGCUCCACUGCCAGGUGUGCUACAAGGAGAUGGUGAGCCUGACCCCUGAAAACAUCCAGCAACUUGCCCAGAACCUGACCUCUUCAUACUGGAUCGGCCUCCGCAAAACCAUGAACAACGUCUCCUUCCCCUGGUCCCGCUGGUCCAACGGAAACCCCCUCGCCUUCCAGAACUGGUACCCCGGUCGCCCCAUACUCUCCAAGCCCAAGAAUCCUGUGAACAUCUUUAACAACUACUAUUCCAUCCUCCCCAAUUACUGUGGGUGUUGCUGCACCAAUAACAGCAACUCUACCAGUGUUCCCCCGGUAACUACUGUUAAUAGUAGCUACCAUGGUACUGACUUCACAGAAAAGGUAAACAUGACUGCAUCGUCAACGAAGACACCAGCCGUGACAAAGAUGACGUCUGUCAUGACGGGAUCAACGUUCUUUACUGGAGUUACUGGUGGCAUCAAUGGCACCAAUAUGACUAGUGGGAACAAUGGGACGAAUGAAACUGAGACAGACGUGUACAUUGAGGAGCCUUGCAUAGCCAUGCUCAGUUUUGGACUUUGGUUCGAUAAAAUCUGCUCAGAGCUUCUUCCUUAUAUCUGCUAUGAAGACCGUUUCUACGGUAAUGCCACCAUGAGCAACAAGACACUACACAGCGCGACUCUGAGCUGGACCCGUGGGCCUGGUGACAUCAGCGGAUACAGGAUGGAGGUCAAGUCCACUGACUACAACCUGACCCUAAACCACAGCAGUCUGAACCAGACCUAUGACCUUUCCAACCUCACCGCCGGAACCCAGUACAGAGUCCAGGUGUUCCCCAUUAAGUGUGGAAGAGACCUCAACCCACAGAACGUCUCCUUCUACACCAAGCCUGGCGUGAUCCAAAAACUCAAUGUCGCCAAUGUCUCAGAAACAAGCAUCUUCCUGACCUGGUUCGCUCCUGAGGGCAACAGUGACUUGUACAACAUUCAGGUGAGGGGUGAACCCGACCUGAAAAUGACCACACGCAUAGAGAGCGCCCUGGUCAAAGGCCUGAUACCAGGAGGGUUCUACACGUUUGAGGUCAAUGCCGAGGUGGAGGACAAGUCCAUCGAGGGAGAUCGGAUGGAUAUCCCCUCCUACACCAAACCAGGAAUGGUGUCAAACUUAAAGCCGUCUGCUCUUACUAAUGACAGUGUCCAAUUCCAAUGGGAACAGCCGACAGGUAACACCUCUGGGUACAGAGCGCACGCCUGGAGAGAAGGAAACAACGGAACGGUUGACAUAUUCAUGCUGGAACUGACAUACACGAAUCUGACGGUGGGGAAUCAGUCGCCAGGUGACAAGAUCUGGCUGAGCGUUGUGGCACUGGUGCCCGACAGAUCGGUUGAGGGAGAACCCAGCAAAGUGAUUGGCCGCACCACUCCAGGUGAAGUUACAAACUUACGGCUGAACAUUACUGAGGACAUCAUCAUAGUGUACUGGACACCUCCUCAGGGAAACUACGAGACAUUCAGUGUUCAGCUCAAGCUAAACGCUUCUAACAAGGAAGUGGAAACAGAGAAUACAACUAACAGUCAACUCUCAUUCACCAACCUAAAGGCAGGAGCUGAAUAUUUAGUGACAGUCACCACUCUGAAUGGGUAUCUCAAGAGUUACCCAAUUUCCACUGCAGAUUUCACUCUUCCUCUCCCACCGCAAUCAGCCCAAAUCGAUUUCUUCAAUAAGAGUCAUGUCACCCUGUCAUGGAAAGCCCCCGGGGCAUCCCAAGGUGUACAAAUAAUGUACCUGGUGAAAUACAUAACUGAAUUCUGGAAUGAUACGCAGACGUACGAGACACACGCAACCAACUAUACAUUUCAUGAGUUGCAUGCUGGGACCAAUUACACCUUCGAAGUACGAGUGAAGGCGGGAGCCCAGGAAAGCCAGCCCGUCCAAACAUCACAGACCACGAGUGCUACGGUGAGAGUUCGAACUAUGACUAUGGCGUGUUCCUCCAGCGAACCGUCCAUCUGUGAGGAUAGCGGCACACGGACAGAGGUCCUGCAAAAUUUGAUUAGCCAUUUCCGCAAGUGGUUCAGCAAGAUGGAAAAUGAAACUUUGGUUGAUAAGGUGUUCUGGGAACUGGAGUGGCGAGGGGCAUAAUUACACACACACACACACCACAUACCAUCUAUUCAAUACAAUUUCUUAGUCAAGAUUAAGAUGAAAUGUAUUUUGAUAAUAAAAAAUGAUAAUAGAUAAAUGAAGAGUUGGAUGUGUGCCAAGAAGGUAUGUGUUUUGAAUUUCUUGUCUAUCCUUGUUUUGCUUGUUUUCAGGAUGUGAUGUAUGUUUUACAAAUGCAUUUUAGUAAGGUAUUUUCUCUGACCAAAUUACUGAAUAAAAGGCUGACUGUCUUGGUGUGCAUUAUA